AUGUUAGGACACAAUUUGAAGGCGGCCUUGGCCGUUGCAUUGCUGGCUGGCUCUGCAGCAGCGAUCGAUUUGAACAUCAAAGAUGAGCAAUCUAUCAAGGAUGCCGCCAAAACUGCCGCAUCAGGUGCGAUGACCUUCUACUCGAACCAGUCCUCCAACAUCCCCGGUUUCGUGGACCCCUGGUGGGAAGGAAGUGUGCUUUUCAGCGUCAUGAUGCAAUACUGGUCUCUUACCGGAGAUGACUCCAACAAUGACGCCGUGAGCGAGGGAAUGUAUUGGCAGCGCGGAGCCGACAACAACUACAUGCCCAUCAACGUCAGCUCGUACAUUGGCAACGACGACCAGCUUACCUGGGGCCUUGCUGCUAUGACCGCCGCCGAGCUGGAUUAUCCUCAGAAAUCAUCGAUGCCGUCUUGGGAAAAACUCGCGGAGAAUGUCUGGAAUACUGUCUCCAGUCGGUGGGAUACGGAUAACUGCGAUGGAGGUCUGCGAUGGCAGAUCUAUCCUUACCAAAGUGGUUACAGUAUUAAGAAUGCGAUUUCAAAUGGUGCUUUGUUCGCUCUCUCGGCAAGACUGGGUCGGUUCACGAACAACCAAACAUAUGCGGAUUGGGCAGAGAAGAUCUGGGAUUGGAGCGCGAAGACGCCCCUACUCAACGAGAAGACCUGGAAUAUUGCCGAUACCACCUCAUGCGAAGAAGACUGCAGCGACCAUGAUGAUUUCCAGUGGAGUUUCAAUUAUGGCUUAUACAUGUCCGGAGCCGCUUACAUGUACAACCAGACCGACGGAAAGAGCAAGUGGAAGAAUGGCCUGACUGGCCUCCUCAAAACUUCCCAGGAAUUCUUCCCUGAGAAAUAUGGUGGAAAGAUCUUGUCCGAAAUCACCUGCGAACGGACUUCGACAUGCAACAGGAACGAAAUCCUUUUCAAAGGCCUCUUCGCGCAAGACCUAGCCUUCAUCGCCCAGGUCGCACCAUACACCGAAUCCGAUAUCUUGCCCUUGCUGCAGGGCUCGGCUUCCGCGGCUGCAAAGUCCUGUACUGGUGGUAAGAACGAUGAUCUUUGCGGCCUCAAAUGGUACAAUUCAAAGUACGAUGGGUCAGAGGGUUUGGAGCAACAGAUCAGCGCGACCGCUAUCUUCGUUGCCAACCUGAUCACUUUUGAUCAAAAGGCACUCGCAACACAAUCAACCGCGAAGAACAGCAAUUCUUCUAGCACGACCAGUGGAUCGCCAUCUUCCACUAGCAAUGGCACUACAGUCGUCACCGAGACUGCCAGUGCUAGCGGCGGUAAGGGUGAUGGUAAUGGCGCCGGUAUGCUAGCCAGCGGACCUGUUGUGCUUAUUAGCGGGAUGGUGAUGGGUAUCCUGUCCAUUCUUUAA